GGGGCUGCUGCUCAGACCGGCCUGGCACGGCUCUGCUGUGCAGUCUGCACACACUCGGCUGCAGCUCCUGCAUUAGCAUUUGAUGCAGACUUCAGUCGGAGGACUCAGCACCGCGGAUGAACAUCACCAAAAACUUUGCCGAUCAGGGGGGCGGUCCGUGCACAAGUCGCAAAACGCAAAAAAGUGCUUCCACUUCCUUAUUUGAACCGCGUGCGAGGUAAAGACGUGUCGCGGCCGGGACUCGACUUGGGUGGAUGCGGAAAAAAGCACCGACCCGAAGACGUGCACACGGGGACUAGGUUUCCUCGCGGAGUGGCACAGAAGUACACCGCGCCGCAGACCACCGGGGCGCGCACAGUCCGCGGCUGGUUUACUCGACUCAGACCGUCGGAGAGCGCUCGAGCUGGGGGUGAAAACUCCGGGAUGCGCCCUCUCGGUGUUCAUUAAACAACUGUUAACCGGCUGAAUACCGCUUCAACCUCCGCUGCGUGGACCGUGGGAAGAGGAGCAGUACCCCCCCUCCCCACUCCCCACAGUGUUUCCCGCAAACCGACCGGACUUUUUCCCCUCGACACCGGCGGCGGGACUCAAGCCGAACUCAACCAUGUCUAUUCUGCCCUUCACGCCCCCGAUUGUCAAGCGGCUGCUGGGCUGGAAGAAAGGGGAGCAGAACGGCCAGGAGGAGAAGUGGUGCGAGAAAGCCGUGAAAAGUCUGGUGAAGAAGCUGAAGAAGACGGGGCAGCUGGACGAGCUGGAGAAAGCCAUCACCACCCAGAACAUCAACACCAAGUGCAUCACCAUACCGAGGUCUCUGGAUGGCCGUCUGCAGGUUUCCCACAGAAAAGGUCUGCCUCACGUCAUCUACUGCCGUCUGUGGCGCUGGCCCGACCUGCAGUCCCACCAUGAGCUGCGGGCGGUGGAGUUGUGCGAGUACGCCUUCCACACAAAGAAGGAUGAAGUGUGCGUCAACCCGUACCACUACCAGAGAGUAGAGACACCAGUACUACCACCUGUGCUGGUGCCCAGACACACAGAAAUCCCCAGUGAGUUCCCGCCGCUGGAUGACUACAGCCAUUCAAUCCCCGAAAACACCAACUUCCCUGCUGGAAUUGAGCCCCAGAGCAACUACAUACCAGAAACGCCACCACCAGGCUACCUCAGUGAGGAUGGCGAGACCAGCGAUCACCAGAUGACCCACAGCAUGGACACAAGCUCCCCGAACCUGUCACCUAACCCUGUUUCACCCACACACAACAGCUUAGACCUUCAGCCAGUGACAUACUGUGAGCCGGCCUUCUGGUGCUCCAUUUCAUACUACGAGCUGAACCAGCGAGUAGGAGAGACCUUCCACGCCUCCCAGCCGUCGCUGACAGUGGACGGCUUCACGGACCCUUCCAACUCGGAGCGCUUCUGCCUGGGCCUGUUGUCCAACGUCAACCGCAACGCAUCCGUGGAGUUAACACGCAGACACAUCGGCCGGGGGGUGCGGCUGUAUUACAUCGGAGGAGAAGUGUUUGCAGAGUGUCUCAGCGACAGCGCCAUCUUUGUCCAGAGCCCCAACUGUAACCAACGCUACGGCUGGCACCCGGCCACGGUCUGCAAGAUCCCUCCAGGAUGCAACCUGAAGAUCUUCAACAACCAGGAGUUUGCUGCCCUUCUGGCCCAGUCAGUCAACCAGGGCUUCGAGGCCGUGUACCAACUCACCAGGAUGUGCACCAUCCGCAUGAGCUUUGUUAAGGGCUGGGGAGCCGAGUACAGGCGACAGACAGUGACCAGCACCCCCUGCUGGAUCGAGCUCCACCUGAACGGCCCCCUGCAGUGGCUUGACAAGGUGCUCACACAAAUGGGCUCCCCAAGCAUCCGCUGCUCCAGCGUCUCCUAGGGAAGCCCUUCAUCCACCCCCGCUUCCUGAACACCACGUGACUAAAAACACACAGACUCCAUGCAGAAAAGAACGGCUACACAAGUACGGAAAGACAACGAGCCCCUCCUCGAUCUGUAACGCGGUCCUUCCUCCCCCACCAGCUGUCGGUAGCACUUUUUAUAAACAUGAUGUUUGUGGCGAAUGGGGACAAGUGCAUUAAAGCAGAACCAUGUUAGUAUGAUCUCUACAUUUUGUCCAGAAUUAAUAUUUGUCUUUGGCAUCUUUGUGCCAGAAAGGCUGUAGCAAUGUGAGGAGGGUUUGAUUUUUUCAGUUAAGAGAUUCUUAUUUUCUUUGCUCUUUUCAUUCUCUUGAUUUUUAUGUUCUACAUGUGUACAGAUGUUAAAAGUGAACCAUGGAUUUAAAAAAAAAAGAAUUUAAUUUUUGUUAAGCAUUAAUAACAACUUUGUAAAGCAUGUGUAAGAUCAUGUUAAAUACAUCUCACUUGACUGUGUUCCUGUAUUUGGGCAUUGGAUCCUGUAUUGAGAUGAUGGAAUAAUGGAGCCAUCAUUUUGAAACACUGUGUGAAGGACUGUACUGUAAAGCCUAGUUCACAUGUUUGUUUGUGGGUUUAUGCCGCCUCUGGCACGCUGAGGUCGCAAGUAACAGUUUCAGACAGAAACAAAUGAGAAAGCAAAAAAAUCUGUCAAAGUUUGAAUCAAACUUUUACCCUCUGAUCGCUGCAAGAGUAUUAGGGUCACGUAAAGGGGAGAAAUAUAUCUGAGAUUACAAGAAUAAACAGGUAAACUUACACUGCGUGUCAUUUUAGAGAGGGAAUAAUACUGUUGUUUAGAUUUCACAAACACAGUAAUACUUCAUCUUAAGGCACAUUAGCAUCAAGACAUUGAGAAUAUUGAGCAAGGAACUGUAUUCUGAAGAAAGAACCAUACGAACAUAGAGGAAGUUGCCUCUUUUGUGGCAAAGGAAAUGUUUGGUUGACUCUGAGGUUAUUGUUGUUACAUCUGCUUGAAAUUCAAAGGGUCAGGGGGUUGUAACGAAUUCAAGCGUGGAACUCUUUCUGAUCGACUCUGUCUUUAUUCUCGAAAUCAUGAUCUCGAAAGGUUUAUUUUUUCUCCAGUUUCCCAAAUACUCUGUCGUCAUUCACUAAUUUGAACCGUGGGCCAAAUUCUUCUGACGGAGCAGUGUGAGGCUUCAGGAAACAGUAGAGCAGGAGUUAACCCUUUUAAAUAUGAGUAUUUAAAGACAAUGCUAUACAUAAAAUGUCACCAGGAGGAUGAUGCACUUUUGUAAAACGUGAAUAUUACGUUCAUUCAUUCACAGUUGUAUUUUGUUGUUACAUGAAAUAUUGCCUGCGUUUAUUUCAGGAAGUUUUGCCAAUUUACAAAAAUUAAUUUGCAGCAUUGUAUUAUGUAGUAGUUUCGUACAUAAUAGGCUUUUACACAACCCUGGAAAACAUCUCAGAAACUGUACAACUUCGCAAACUUGUAGUUAAAUGACAAAUUGAACACACAAAAAAGUAGUUAGAUUACUUGUGUGUGGCAGGAGUACUCUGCAGCACGUGUAAAGAUGGCAGGAAGAUCACCUCACGUUUUGAGUUCUCAGCAGUCCAUGACAUGGGUUUUUAUUUUUGUAUUAUCAGUAAUAUUGACUCUUUGUUCACUCAGGAUCGUAAUAACAAGAGUUCCGUACAGAAAACAGAUGCAUGUCGCUCCCAGCUCUUCUUCAUGAGGUGAUCACAUGCUGAAGAUUUACUCUGUUCAAGUGUUUUUGCAUGACGUGACAGAACAUGUGUGACAUGUAGCAGAAAACCUGUGAAGACAAAAAGCAAGAUUCAGCACAAAGCACAAAGGGAAACGUUUAGAUAGACGGCGGCAUGUUAAUAACAUGACCCUGUCUUUUUAGGUCUGUGUACAUGUAGGACUUACAUGUGUUAUUAUGUGACCUUCAUAAUGUUGAUGGUUUUGGAAGCCGGGGAACAAAAAACAAAAUAAGCAAAAAAUGUUGGAGAAAAAGCAUGUUCGUAGCUUUUGUCCCGUUUCCUCUGAGCCACCCACUGUGGUGGAAGUGGAUCAAUUUCCUUCUGGUUCCAUAACACGAGACAAAGACUCAGUGGGUGAACACGGACAAUAUAUUGAAUCUUUUUAUAGUACUUAUUUACAUGAACCCAGCGUUUGAUGUUAAUGCCAGCCCAGUGGUGCUAAUCUUUAACAUUGUAGGGACUCAAGAGAACAGCAAAGCCAUGAGAUUUGACUGAAAGCUGGCGUGGACGCUGAUGAGGACUCGUGAACCUUCUAACUGUAACGUCAGGUUGUUUCAGAAACAGUAGCAUCUACCGAUCUGAGACAAGCCGGCUCUGUGUAGAGCUUUUAGUGUCCUUGAACACAGCGGCCCUGAUCCUAAUGGGCUCUUAAACCCCAUAGUCGAUGUAAUUACCCGGUAGGGAAUAUUUUUGCAAGCAAAUUUGUCAUUUUUAUACACUCUUCAACUUAUAGUGCUUGUGUUUUAUCCCCUUGUCUAAAUUUUUUCACUGUAAUCGUUAAUAUUAGUCGUGAUUUAUGCUUUUUUUUUUCUUUUCUUUUUUUUGCUUGUUAGAUGUCUUGUAUAAAAUUAUACCCUCUAUUUUUCUCUGCCUAUGAAAAGUUGAUGUGAUGCUUUAUAUUUUUGUUUAUUAUUUUUUGGUCUAUGAAUAAAAUAUAUAUCUUGUGGUGA